GGAAGUUGCAGUUCCGCGGCUGGUCAGUAGGGGAGCCUGUGCUUUAUACUGGUUGGGUGGCGCUCCAUCUGCUGUGUUUCCAACAGCCAAGAAGAUGUCUACUCUAGAGAGAUGACUGGCUAUGCAAGGGUUUAAAGACAGUGUUAAGAAUCACCUCAGGAUUUGUACAAUGCAGUGAACCAAAUGGGUCAUCGCUGCACCCGAGUCCUUUUUCUCGUGCUGCUCCAGGUGCUGCGGACGUUAGCCGAAGAUGGCUCCAUCGAGUGUGUGUGUGUGGGCAGAGACUGCAUGGCACAGCAGUGUAAAGGCGACGAGUGCUAUUCCUCCGUGACCGUCAGAGACGGCGUGCCCUCGUUCCACCGCGGCUGCCUGAUCGGUCCCGAAAGCAGGAGCCUGACCUGCUUGACUUCUCCUUCAGCCAGCCACGCGGUAGAAUGCUGUGCUCGGCCCAUGUGCAACGCCAACGUCUCGGUGGACUCUCUGAUUCAGCUGUUACUCAGAAAUCCAGAAGGAGAACCCAUGCGGUACAGUGUGGAGACUCUGGUACUAUUGGUCCUGGUUCCUUUCGGUGUGUUGGUGCUGCUCGCCAUGCUGGCCGUGCCCGUGUGCCGGCGCCUGCACCCGCGCCAACUGGAGCGACUGCACGAGUUCGACACGGAGCAGGGCGCCAUCGACGGCCUCAUCGCCUCCAACGUGGGCGACAGCACCCUGGCGGACCUGCUGGAUCAUUCCUGCACGUCAGGCAGCGGCUCAGGCCUGCCGUUCCUGGUGCAGAGGACAGUAGCGCGCCAGAUCAGCCUGGUGGAGUGCGUUGGGAAAGGACGAUAUGGAGAGGUGUGGAGAGGACAGUGGCAGGGAGAGAACGUAGCUGUGAAAAUUUUCUCCUCCAGGGACGAGAAGUCGUGGUUUCGGGAAACAGAAAUCUACAAUACGGUUCUGUUACGGCACGAAAAUAUAUUAGGGUUCAUGGCGUCAGACAUGACGUCCCGCAACUCGAGCACUCAGCUGUGGUUGAUCACACACUACCACGAGCAUGGCUCGCUGUAUGAUUACCUGCAGCGCACCGCUGUGUCUGCGGCCGAUGCCCUGAACAUGGCCGCCUCGGUGGCCAGCGGCCUGGUACACCUACACACUGAGAUCCUGGGCACAGAGGGCAAGCCGGCCAUCGCCCACCGUGACCUCAAGAGCAAAAAUAUCCUGGUGAAGAAGGACAUGCGCUGCUGCAUUGCUGACCUCGGUCUGGCAGUCACUCACACGCAAGCAGACAAUCAGCUCGACGUAGGUAACAACCCCAAAGUGGGCACCAAGCGCUACAUGGCCCCCGAGGUGCUAGAUGAGACAAUUCAGAUGGACUGCUUUGAUGCCUAUAAGAGAGUGGACAUCUGGGCGUUUGGCUUGGUGCUGUGGGAGAUUGCCCGACGCACCUACAGUAACGGGAUUGUAGAGGACUACAAGCCUCCAUUCUAUGACCUGGUACCCAAUGACCCCAGCUUUGAGGACAUGCGCAAAGUGGUGUGUGUGGAGCAGCAAAGACCCUUCAUCCCCAAUCGCUGGUUCUCUGAUCCGACUCUCUCGGCCCUGGUGAAGCUGAUGAAGGAGUGCUGGUACCAGAACCCGUCGGCCCGACUGACUGCGCUGCGCAUUAAAAAGACCCUGGAUAAAAUCCUCAGCUCGUUAGAGAAGGGAAAACCGGACUGCUGAGGCCGGCCUUUGGAGUGAUGAUUUUUUUUAAAAUUCCGAACCCGAUUUGAGAUCAGCUCCCUCACGCAUCAAACAUUUUUCCUGUUCGUUCUGUGGAGCCCGGUGCUUUCACGCUCCUGAUCCAGCUUCCUGCGAAUAAAAGCCAAGCCUUUGUGGGGGCUUUUUUUGUUCGCUGUGUUUUUUUCCUUUGAGAUCCAAGAGGAAACAUUCAAGAGAAGUUGUCUGUACUGGGUUUUAACUGAUUUCACUCCCAUCCUUUGCUCGAGUGGUUAUCAGGGAGCUGAUCCUAGAUCUGAGAUGCGUUUGUUUUUAAACAGGAAAGACAAUCUCGCCAUGGAGGAGCGUGAAAUGCAACUCCGGAUACAUGUCGAUCUGCUUGAGCAACGUUUUGGAAAGAAGUUGAUUAAAAGCCGCUUCUCCAUCCUGACAGUCGAGCCUCUUUGGGCGGCCUGGCUUUUUCACACCCUCUUGGAGCGGUGACAUCAUCGUAUCGUUUCUUCCCCGUGCCUGCAUGAUAAAAGCCAUUGGAACGCUUGAGCAUCUUGUGGCAGCCUCUCUCUCUCUCUGUCUUCUCUUACUCUCAGUUGACAAUCGCACACUGCUCAAUUGCUCUUGCACUCUUAGGCAGCUUUAUUUUUAUUUCAUGUUUUUUCUUUUAACACAAGUGCUCCCUCUUGACCUUUUUACAGUGCAUAAAAGUUUUUCCCCCCCUUUCCAUUUAUAUUUAAACGUAAGCGUCCCGGGUUCAGCGUGAAUUUGCGAACAGUACGCAGGCUGUGUUUCAAAACACGCGUAGCCCCUAUUCAUGACUGCGCUUAUCAUUUGUACAAGUGCUGCAUACACGUUCUAACGCCUCAUAAAGCGCUGUAAUUAAUUCUUCAACGGCUUGCAUCGAAUGUUUGUUUUACACCACAGCCUUGUUGAAUUCUUGAUUCUGAUCGGUGUCGGUUAAUUUAAGUGCUGUUAUUUGAAACGUUGAUACAGUGAAGUGUGUUAUUUCUCUUUUUUUUUAGGAAGGAGUCUCCAAAAAGUGUCAGUGCUUUGUCUUUCGAUCGGAGCUUUAUGUGGCAGAAUCGAGUUUUACCGAUGCAACUUAUGAACUUGGACAGACAGAGUUACGAGUUUAGCUUUAUAAACAGACAGAAAAUGUAAGAGUUAGAUUGGAUUGUCGUGAGAAUCAGGGCAAAGACGUAGGACUACCACUACACUUCAGAAAACUGUGACUGUAACCGAAUGUAAUGUAUUUAAAGAUAGGAACACUAAGAGUAGGACAUGAUGUGGCUUAACCCGGCUUCGGUUUCGCCACAUUUCCGAAAGCACGUCUCAUUUCAUCCACCUUACUUACCCUACUCGGCCCUGUGUGAGGGGGGGAAUUGUUUGUUGUUUUUUUUUUGUUUAAAUCGACAAACCUUAGUUGUGUCUCAAAUGAAUAUUUAGCACACUCUAGAACUGUCUUGGGUGGCACGCACUCUCUCGCUGAUGGAUAUUUUGCCUGUUUACGUCUUUCGCCCCCCCCCCGGAAAACAGUUCAAUUAAUGUUGUAGUUGUUCUUUUAAGGAUGUUAAUUCAUUAUGCACAUUUUACCUGCAAAAAAAAUUAUCCACAAUAACCAAAAUAAUUCUCUUUAUUGCCUAAAUGGAUUGAAAUAAGUUCAUUCAUGAGAAAUAGACACAAUCCAGUGUAUUUACAUAAGUGACAAUAAAAUCUCAUGCUGGGUUUAAAACCGCCUUUAAACGUGCCUCCCCCCUUCCUUUUAUUACAAUUGGGGAAAUCUGAAUCCUUUUUUUUUUUUUUUUUUUUUAAUUUAAAAAAAGUGUGCUUGGUUUAUUUUGUGCUACAGCUACGAUGCAAAUGUAUCUACCAGUUUAGCAGUGUGCAAACUGCAAAAAAAAAUAAAAUAAAAA